CCUAUUUCAUAAAGUGGACAUAGUUUGUCGAGUAACCCUCAGUUGAAGUUGAGAAUGACGGGAAGUCGUGCGUUGCGAACCGGUUAGGAGCGCUUAUUUUGUUUUGUUUGUUUACUUUCUUCUCUAAAAAGGGAGUUUGUGAAAGGUGAUCACACCUGUCAUAUUUGUUACGACUUUAACGGUUGAAUGAUCAUUCUUCAUGGGCGCUCACAGCGAAUUCGAGAGUUUAGUAAAUUCUCAGGCUGAAUUAUGAGUCAAUAAGUUUGGCAUUGAAAUAACGUGGUUAUGAAUGAAUAAAUGAAAAUUAUCUAUGACUGCAAAUUACCUGGUCUGAAUUGAACCUAUGUUCAUCAAAUUUGCAUUGUAACUGAGGACACUUUUUUUACGUUAAACAGGAGAAUAUGUUUCAGAGUGCAUUGUUUUCCCCAAAUGUUUUAGAAAUAUUGUUAGCUUCAGUUUUUCCAAUCUGAUAAACCGGCUUCUGAAAUGACUGCAAGACUUUCAAGUUGAACGAGAAGAAAUUUUAAAGAACUAUUAAAAAUCUUAAAAAUAACCCAUGCUGUGUGAUCGAUCUUCCCGAACUUCUCCACCAGUGGCCUCCAAUGCUAUCGAGGUCACCAACGUUACCACAAGGAUUGCUGGCAUCAUGGACAGGGAAUAUAUGGAACAAGCACCCAUGUCCACAGCUACUGUGCAGUCAACAUCACCCCCUACUUCUGAAAAUAAUUCCUCUUCAUCCCCUGUCAAUCACAGCUCUUCCACCAAGCCGAAAUUAUCUUUCAGUAUCAGCAGACUGCUGGGAGAUGAUAGCAGACAAGACAAUGAUAAUAACCACCGCAAAGAGGACAGUAGAUCUUCCACUGACAAUAACAGUGGACAUGGAGGUGACAGCAGCUCCGCGAGGACAACACCGGCUUCAUCAUCCGCUGCCUCACCUAUGAUGGUGAUGAGCAGUGGGGGUUGUUGUGUCGGAUUGUCAGCUCAAGCCUACUUCUCAACUGCCGAUCUAAAGACUUCCUGCGUGCCUGUGAUGACACCGCACUACGAUCCAUUACAAAGCGGAGCAAACGGAACUGUGAUUCGGGUUCCGGCACAUCGGCCGGCACCUCUUUCUUAUCCGACAACAGUCAACUUCCCAUGGGUGGGAUCUCAUGGGAUGGGCAAAGACAGAAUUCCAGUGCCUUUUCCCUUGGCUGCGGGUCUUCCACCAGUUCCCCCAAGGCGUAUAGGCCAUCCCUAUCAAAACCGAACGCCUCCUAAGAGAAAGAAGCCGAGGACAAGUUUCACUCGAAUGCAGAUCUGCGAACUGGAGAAGAGGUUCCACAAACAAAAAUACCUGGCAUCAGCUGAAAGGGCCUCUCUUGCGAAAACACUAAAAAUGACAGAUGCGCAGGUGAAGACGUGGUUCCAAAACAGGAGGACAAAGUGGAGGUCAGUAUCCAUUCUUCAUUCUGUUCCUCAAAGCACUAAAGGCUUUCAAGAUUUGGUUCUUCAAAUUCAUUUAUGGAGGCAGACGGCCGAAGAACGUGAAGCAGAACGCCAAGCUGCCAAUAGACUUAUGAUGUCGCUACAAGCGGAAGUCGUUUCCAAGUCCAUCUAUGACCAAGCUCGUGAUCCAGUGUGUUUAAGUAACUCUUCUUUACAUGCUCUACAGACAUUGCAACCAUGGGCCAGCGAAAACGUUGCUGCUGCUCAUAUGGCAGCAGCGGCAGCUGCUGGCCAUCAUCAGGGAGUAGACAGGCCCUCUUACUUGGCACCACCUCAUUCAUUAUCAUCGCCUAUAUGCUGAGAUAAAAAUUAUCAAAAAUUGACUUUGUUUGAAGUAAUCAAGGAAUACAACAAACUCUAGAGGAAAAACCUCUCUUUUGUGUAGUUUCCACAAGAAAAAUGUGAUUAAGGCAUUAAAUAAUCAGACGCUGUUUAAUGCAAUGACCACAGCUAGUGCGUCGGAGGCAAAGUCACAAGCAAAAGAGGCAUAUUUUGUAGAAUUGAGUAACAGCUACUUCAUUAGGCAUGGAGAUUGUUCUCUAUAAUAUGAGUUGUGUACAUACAGAAUAUAUCUCAUGAAGUUUCGGGGAAAUAUUUUACAUAAAAAUGUGAUCAAAUUUAUCACUUGCGUGAAAUUUGACUGAACGAUUAUGUGUAUUAUCUUUUGUAUUUAAGAAUUUCAAAUUCAUAAAAAGACGAUGAGCUCAUUUCAUGUAAAUUCAACCUGUUCAUUUUUAGUACUCUUCAAGUAGCGAAUUCUGUCAUAAAACUCAUCACAGAAAUAAAUAAUUUUAUUCGAAAGGUAUAUGCACUUUGAGAAGUGAUGUUUUUCUAAGAAUUUGCUGAAAUUUCGAAGUCUUGUGUUGGACACAUUACUGAGAUAUGAAAAGAAGUUAAUUACAUUUCAAAAAUUUCUAAACCCUUCAUUGAGCACAUUAUAGACACUCAAGCAAAACGAAAAGUUAACUCUGUACGUGUGAUAAUUAAAAUAUGAGCUAUAAUUAAUAAGAGAACUUAAAACUAAAUCUAUUCAAAUACUAAUCAGAAUAAAAUUUAUAAAAGCGGUGACCAAUAUUAAAAAAUUAAAUACGUAUCAUACCAAAAUAAAUCACUGAAAUACGGAGAAAAGGCUUCGGAAAACAAAAUAAUGUAAAAUUCUUAGAAGAAAUAAGUACAUUUUACACUAAUUAAAACAAAAGUUAAAUAUCUUGUUUACUAGUUAUUUUGGAAAAGUAAAGUGAAAGUACAUUUCUUAAUCAUUCAUCUUUUAAAAUGCUGAAUAAAAAUUAUCAUAAUGGAAACAUUUGAUUUUUUUUUUUUUUUCCAUUUUUCAAGAAUUCAUAUUUAGUUGGCUUGCAUGUUAAAUUUUAACUCUUAAAAGAAUAUGGACUUUUUUCCAAUUUUGAAAAAUUUUAUUUUUAUUUGAUUUAUAUAGUAAACAAUUUAUAGUUUCUUAACCUUCUUCAAAUGAAAAUACAGUUAACUGGGCACACAAUCCCAACACAGUGAUUUGAUUAUUAUUAACUCAAUUAUGAUUAUUACAUUGACAUAUAUAUCCUAACUAGAAAGCCCGGCGGUCAUACGAAAUGACCGCUGUUCUAGAUAUUAUAAAUUGUAAUUAAAAUGAUUUGUGCAAAGGUGUCUGCUAAUUUAAACUGAAUUACCCAG